AUCGUCAUCCUUGGAGGCGGCCCUGCCGGGCUCUCCGCCGCCAUCUACGCCGCCCGCGCCGGGCUGUCUCCGGUGGUGGUUGCGCCUGCCUUCGGAGGGCAGCUGCAGGGCAAGGGAGUGGACGUUGAGAACUUCCCGGGCGUGCUGGAGGCCUUCCUGCAGGCGACGGGCCCGGGCCUCGUCGCUCGGAUGCGGCGGCAGGCGGCGGCCUUCAAUGCGACGAUGGUCUCCGACGCGGCGGUGCGGGUCGACGUCUCUCGCUCGCCCUUUACAAUCACGCUCGACGAGGCGGAGGCGCAAACCACGGCAGACGGGGUGGACUCCCCGAACGACACCGUCUCGGAGCCUUUGCUUGCAGGCGAGCAUGAGUACCGCGGGAGGGGCGUCUCGAGCUGCGCGACGUGCGACGGGUACCUCUACCGAGGCAAGGACGUGGUCGUCGUGGGCGGUGGUGACUCCGCCGCUGAGGAGGCGCGUCGCAAGCUCUGCGCUAGGCGGCACCACUCUGUGCAUCAGGCGCUGCUCCUCGCGCGCACCUCCCGCUCCGUGACGAUGAUCGUCCGGCGCGGUGCGCUGCGCGCAAGCCGCGCCCUCGCCACGCGUGUGCUCGAGCACCCAAACAUCGCCGUCGAGUGGAACGUCACGGUGGACCGCUUCGAGGGCAACGCCGACGGCCUCCGCCGCGCGAUCUGCCGCCGCGCGACCAAGGACGGCGGCAGCGGCCAAGGCGCGGCGGCCGACGCCGAGCUGUCGGUGCGCGCGAGCGCCGCCUUCGUCUCGAUCGGCCACGAGCCGAACACGGGCCUGCUCCGCGGCCAGCUAGGAACCUUCUAG